AUGAAGGGACAACAGGGCGUCUCCUUGGUGCUGCUGCUUCCCCUGCUGCUGCCACCGGGCCCAGCUUGGCAUGCGGCUGCCCAACGCUGCCCACAGACGUGCGUUUGCGACAAUUCCAGGCGGCAUGUCGCCUGUCGGCACCAGAACCUCACUGAGGUGCCAAACGCCAUCCCUGAGCUGACUCAGCGGCUGGACCUCCAAGGCAACGUGCUGAAGGUGAUCCCCCCAGCUGCCUUCCAGGAGCUGCCUUACCUGACACAUCUGGACCUGCGGCACUGCCAGGUGGAGCUGGUGGCCGAGGGCGCCUUCCGCGGCCUGGGCCGCCUGCUCCUCCUCAACCUGGCCUCCAACCGCCUGAGCUCCCUGCCCCAGGAAGCCCUGGACGGGCUGGGCUCACUGCAGCGGCUGGAGCUGCAGGGGAAUAUGCUGGAGGAGCUGCGGCCGGGCACGUUCGGGGCACUGGGUGCGCUGGCCACCCUGAACCUGGCCCACAACGCCCUCGUCUACCUGCCCGCCAUGGCCUUCCAGGGGCUGACGCGCGCCCGCUGGCUGCAGCUGUCCCACAACGCCCUCAGCGUGCUGGCCCCCGAGGCCCUGGCCGGCCUGCCCGCCCUGCGCCGGCUCAGCCUGCACCACAACGAGCUGCAGGCCCUGCCGGGGGCAGCCUUGGCCCAGGCCCGCGCCCUGGCCCGGCUCGAGCUGGGCCACAACCCCUUCACCUACGUGGGCGAGGAGGACGGGCUGGCGCUGCCGGGCCUCCGGGAGCUGACGCUGGACCACGGCGCCCUGCAGGCCCUGGAGCCCAGGGCCUUCGCCCGCUGCCCGCGCCUGCACACGCUGGACCUCCGUGGGAACCAGCUGGACACCCUGCCGCCCCUGCAGGGCCCCGGGCAGCUGCGCCGGCUGAGGCUGCAGGGGAACCCUCUGUGGUGCGGCUGCCAGGCCCGGCCGCUGCUCGAGUGGCUGGCGCGGGCGCGUGUGCGCGCGGACGGCGCGUGCAGGGGCCCCCGGCGCCUUCGAGGCGAGGCCCUGGACGCCCUGAGGCCCUCGGACCUGCGCUGCACCGGAGGCAGGGCGGAGGAGGAGGAGGAAGAGCUGCUGCUGGCGGCCGCGCGGCCCCGCGCCCCCGAGGGCGCCUCCAAGGGGGACGACGGGGCGGCCGAGCCCUGCCCGCGGGCCUGCGUGUGCGUCUCCGAGUCCCGGCACAGCGGCUGCGAGGGCCGCGGCCUGCAGGCCGUGCCCCGCGGCUUCCCCGGCGACACCCAGCUCCUGGACCUGAGGCGGAACCGCUUCCCCGUGCUGCCCCGGGCGGCCUUCCCGGGCCUGGGCCGCCUGGUGUCGCUGCACCUGCAGCACUGCGGCAUCACGGAGCUGGAGGCGGGCGCCCUGGCGGGGCUGGGCAGCCUGAUCUACCUCUACCUCUCUGACAACCGGCUCUCGGGCCUCAGCGCUGCUGCCUUCGAGGGGGUCCCCCGCCUCGGCUACCUGUACCUGGAGCGCAACCGCUUCGGGCGAGUGCCGGGGGCCGCCCUGCGCGCCGUGCCCGGCCUCGUUUCCCUGCACCUGCAGAGCAACGCCGUGGACCGCCUGGAACCGGGGGACCUGGCAGGCACGCAGGCCUUGCGCUGGCUCUACCUGAGCAGCAACCGCAUCGCCCAAGUGGCCCCCGGGGCAGUGGGCCCGGCUGGAGAGCUGGAGGAGCUGCACCUUGACAGGAACCAACUGCGAGAGGUGCCCACUGGGGCCUUGGAGGGGCUGCCUGCCCUCCUGGAGCUGCAGCUCUCGGGGAACCCUCUCGAAGCUCUGCCGGAUGGGGCCUUCCGGUCUGUGGGCCAGUCACUGCGGCACCUCUUCCUGAACAGCAGUGGCCUGGAGCAGAUUUCUCCCAGGGCCUUCUCGGGCCUGGGACCCCGGCUCCAGAGCCUGUACCUACAGAAGAACCAGCUGCGGGCCGUGCCUGCCCUGCCCCAUCUCAGCCAGCUGGAGCUCCUUGACCUCAGCGGCAACCCCUUCCACUGCGACUGCCAGCUGCUCCCGCUGCACAGGUGGCUCACUGGGCUGAACCUGCGUGUGGGGGCCACGUGUGCCAGCCCUCCCAGUGCCCAUGGCCAGAGGGUGAAGGCUGCGACGACUGUUUUUGAAACCUGCCCAGGCUGGGCUGCCAGGAAGGCCAAGCGGACGCCGGCCGCCAGGCCCAGUGCCAGGAGCAGCCCCGGGAAGGGGAGACGGUGGAGAGCAGACAAGGUGGGGAAGGAGAAGGGCCGCCUCUGAGCACUGGCGCAGGCCGGCCCUGCCUUGAUCCCGCCCGGGAGGCUCUUACUCUCUUCAGG